UAUUUAAAAGUGUGAAGUUAUGGAGUGUGCACAAUGUAAAUAUCAUUGUGUGCAUGUGCAAGCUCUCUCGUGGUGCAUCUAUUUUAAGCGUCGACUUUUUUGUUUUCCCGAGGCGGGUUUCGGUGAAAGUUUCGCGGUACGGACCAUGCAUUUUCGAAUGAUGCUGUAUCUUAACUGUAGCGGUUGGUUACAACGUUUUUGUAUGUAUUUGUUUUUCUUAAUACCACUUUUUCAACGAUUUAAUGUAUGUAGAAAUUAUUCAUUAAUAAGAAGCGGGUGGCAAAUGGUUGGGAACUUGAUUCACUGAGACUGCGUGUACACAGUGCUGUUAUUGAGGACAUGUUAAAUAAAGAUUUAUAUUAUCUUUGAACAAGCCAGUACUCUGUUUUAAUGCUUGAUUAAUCCAAAGCAGAAUGCGCAACGUAACGUGACGCUGUGAUAUUAAUAUUAGUUUUUAAUUUACCGCCGUCUACGAUAAGUCUGAAGUCAGUAGCGCUCUGUUCGAGUGCGUUGAAUUUUGCGUAACGUCAGACUGAGAGGGGUGCACCAUAACCUCGUUUCUGCUGUCAAAUUUCGUUUCUACGUUCCAAAACAAACGUAUAUUUAUAUAAAUACUAUUAUUUAUACCCUGUCGUUAUUUGUACUAAAGUUACAUCUUUACAGCAUCUACAUUUUGUCAAAAUGACAACUAUUGAACUAUUAGAAAAUAGAAUAGCAGAGUUGGAGAGGAAUAUAUAUGGACUGAAAGAAUUAAAUGGAAGUAACAAUAUGCCUCUGGAAAAUCCUGUAAUUGAUAGCCUUUUACAUGCAAAUACAUUGAUCUCAUCUGCUAUGUCAGGACGUGAAAAGGCAAAUAUGGCAAUAAAGAGAUUGCCAGAGUUAAAUGGUUAUUUAGAUCCAGUGGUGGAAACCAUAGAUAUACCCAUAGAAGCCAAGUUGCAAUUAUUACUUACAAUGGAACCAGAAAUCAAACAAAAUUGUGAUAUGCUACGUCAAAUGCAAGAAUUGAUGCCUGUAUUAGAAACCGAUAGAAUAAAAGAUGUACCAGAAUUAUCCAUCAAGUUAAACAAAUUGAAUCUGUCAUAUUUAAAAAUAUACGAAGAGAGUCAAAACCUAAGCAGUCACAUAAAUGAACUUUUUGCCAAGUACAAUGACGUGAUAACUACAAUUUCCAAAUCACUGAUUUCCAUAGAUGUAGCAAUAACAGCGGCAGAAAUUGCAGCUAUGCCCAAGAAGCAAUUAGAUUGAAAUUAUAUUAUGUAAAUUAACUAAGAAAAAUUAAUUUAUGAUUUUAUCAAUAAAAUUAUACAAAGUAUUAUACAGAAAAUAAAAAGGCAUUGGAUUCAUUUAAAAUA